AUGGCCGCUGCACAUGCUUUUUUUGCUCAGGAUCAAGGUACAACAUUCAAUCUUGAGUACACAUGGCGACUGUUAAAAGAUGAACCUAAAUGGAUGGGAGAAUCGAUUGGAAGUUCUUUAAAAAUAACAAAGACUUCUGGUAGUGGGGCAUCAUCGGAGAAUCCAAAUACACCUUCAGCAAAAAGGAAGGGUAAGGCAAAUGAAAUUCCAACUGCUAAGCAAGAUGAAGGGAAUAAAAGAACAACUGCAAUGGAAAGACUAGCGCAAUGUAAGGAGGACGAGAUAGAAGUCAAGAAAUGUACAUCUGCUAUUCGUAUGUUGGCGCAUGGGUCUCCUGCUGACUCUGUAGACGAAUAUGUUCGAAUCGGUGAAAGCACUUCAAUUGAGUGCUUACAAAGAUUCGUUCAGGGCGUGAAUGCUGUAUUUGAGGCUGAGUAUUUGAGAAAGCCUAACAACAUUGACGUUGAACAUCUUUUACAAAUGGGAGAGUCACGUGGAUUUCCAAGUAUGUUGGGUUCCAUUGAUUGUAUGCAUUGGGAAUGGAAAAAUUGUCCUGUUGCAUGGAAAGGACAGUAUUGUCGAGGUGAUCAUGGUAAGCCCACAAUCAUGCUUGAAGCAGUGGCAUCACAAGACUUAUGGAUUUGGCAUGAUUUUUUUGGUAUUGCAGGUUCAAACAAUGACGUUAAUGUGUUGAACCAAUCCAACGUGUUUAACGAUAUUUUGGAAGGACAUGCUCCCAAUGUGCAAUAUACAAUCAAUGAGACAUCAUAUAAUAUGGGGUAUUAUUUAGCAGAUGGUAUAUAUCCUGAGUGGGCUACAUUUGUCAAGACCAUUUCAAUGCCACAGGGGGAAAAGAAAAAAUUAUUUGCUCAACAUCAAGAAUCAGCUAGAAAAGAUGUGGAGCGGACAUUUGGAGUGCUUCAAUCUCGAUUUGCAAUUAUACAUGGCCCAGCGCGUGCCUGGCACAUGGAGACCCUCAAGUAUACCAUAUAUGUCUGCAUCAUAUUGCACAACAUGAUUGUGGAAGACGAACGACAUACAUAUGGAGAUAAUUUUGAUUACUCUUAUGAUAAUGUGGAUAACAACAACUCAACAACUGAAAUAUUUAGCGGUCCUCAUCCGAAUCUUGCGACAAGACUACAAAGAAGAGCAAGUAUUCGUGAAAAACAAGUUCAUCAUCAACUUCAAGGAGAUCUAGUCGAGUAUGUUAGGGAACGUUUUGGACAUGAAGAUGAUGAAAUUUAA